AUGACGGAGGUCGAUCCGGCAUGCCCGAUGUGUGGAAUAGCGCAUGAGAGUGCCAUGCAUGCAUUAAUUUCAUGUGAUUAUUCAAAAUUAUUAUGGAAUAUUUUGGGAUUGCCUGUUACUAAUGUAGUCACACAUUCUUUAUCGCCAUGGCUUAUGAGAGUUUUUAAUAUCUUGACAGAGGAGCAAUGUGGUUUGGUCAUAGUAGUGCUAUACAACAUUUGGAAUGCCCGCAAUACAGCGGUUUGGGAACACGCCCUCCCACGACCUGAACAAGUAUGGCGACGUGCGGCGACGGCACUACAUGCCUACCAGCAAAUGCACCGUCCACCACCCACGGCGCCGGUUACCGAGGCUGCUGCGGCGAAUGGCAGCGACACACCGAGGUGCUAUGUCGACGCCGGCUACAGACCAGACACCGGAGAAGCUACAUAUGGGGCGAUGCUCCUCUCUCAUCACGGCACCUUCGUGGCUGCGACGAGUGGAAAACUAUCGGGUGCUUUCUCGGCCGUUAUGGCGGAGACGCUUGCUUGCAAAGAGGCGCUGUCUUGGCUUAAGGAUCGGGAUAUCAGGAAGGUGGAUCUUUUAACAGACUGCUCAGAGCUGCAGAAUGCUUUAUAUUCAAGCCCAACGGCUAACUUCUCCCAUAUUGGGAUCAUUGUGGACCAAUGUAGGACAGCCAUAUCGUUAUUUACGCAUUGUUCUUUAAGUUAUAUUUCUAGAACACUUAAUUUUCAUGCUCAUACUUUAGCUUCGUUAGCUUUCGAUCAGGAACAACCUAUGUACUAG